UGCGGUUUCCGUGAGCGGAGGAGCCCUAUUCGGAGGAAACCGGUGCUGGUGCUCCGCCGCCUCUCUGGCCAAGCCGCGCUCACCCGCUUCCGUCUCCUCGAUUCCUCUCCCAAACUCGGUUCUUGACCGUCGCAGACCAUCUUAGCGAUCCCGUUGCCUUCCUCACCGGCGGCCGCCACCGUCGAUUGUUCCUCGCUCGUGCAGCAAACCCUACUCGACCCCCUCUCAGUUGUCCCUACCCUGCGACCUGAAUCUUGCGGCAGGUCUUCUGAAGCCUACUCUGCUCGCUGCCUCGCUCUGAAACUCUCCCCUUUCCAUCACUCCACAGCCAUGGCGUCGCCGUCUCACGGCCAUUUCCCCAACCAUCCAAUUGAAGAUAGCGGUGAGUGUGCCGGUGCAUCCAGUCGGGACGGCAUCCCCGUCAUCGACCUGGACAUCCUCCUGAACGGCGACGCCCAGGAACAGUCGCGGGCGAUCCGGGACCUCGGCCGGGCCUGCGAAGACUGGGGCUUCUUCAUGGUGAUUAACCAUGGGGUGCCCGAGGCUCUCCAGGAAGCAGUGAUGGAGGCGUGCAAGGAACUGUAUAGCUUGCCGAGGGAGGAGAAGGCAGAGUACAUUGCUGCUGGCCCAAAGGAUCCUAUACGUAUUGGAACAGGCUUGUUCUACUCUGAUGUUGACGAUGCCGUAUGCCGGAGGGACUAUCUGAAGAUGGUUGCUCACCCUGAGUUCCACUGUCCCACAAAGCCUGCAAACUUGAGGGAGAUCACUAUGGAGUACUCGAUUCGCACGAGGGAGCUAUUGCUGGAGCUUGCGCAGGCAAUCUCUAAGAGCCUGGAACUUGACGGUGGUCGGGUUUCUGAAGCCCUAAACCUUGAGUCCUGCUUCCAGAUCCUUGUUGGGAACAAUUACCCACCAUAUGCUGGAUCAGAUCGGGUUAUGGGAAUUUCGGCUCACUCUGACCAUGGCCUUCUCACUCUGCUCUUCCAAAAUGGGGUCAAUGGCCUCGAGGUCAACCACAAUGGGCAGUGGCUCCUCGCAAAGCCUCUUCCGGGCUCACUCUUUAUUAUCACCGGCGAUCAGUUGGAGAUUGUGAGCAAUGGAAGGUACAAGGCCGUUGUCCACCGUGCACUGGUCCGUGGUGAGCAGACCAGGAUGUCUUUUGUUAGCAUGAUCGGACCAUGCCUAGAUGCCAUCGUCGAGCCAGUCCCAGAGCUGGCACGGUCUGCCCCCCAGGGCAUGGAGUUCCGCGGAAUCAAGUACAGGGACUACAUGGAGCACCAGCAGAGCAGCAGGAUCAAUAAGAAAGCAGCGCUAAAUAUUGUUCGCGUGCAGCAUAACAUAUUGACAUGUGAAGGGACACCAAACAAUUGAACAGAGGCUGCUUCAGGAGGUUACAGUCAUACAAACGGAUAUGCUGAACAUUUAUGUCCUAGCAAGCAAGGAAUCAGUACACACCAUGGCAUGCAAAAUCAGCAAGCUCCAUCUUUGAAGGGGUACUAACUCUGCAGUACAGACAUAAGAUAGAUUGAUGAUACAUUCUCACUACUGGAUGGGCAUGGACAAUAACAAAGCAGGUGCAAGAGCCUAUGUGUUGCUAAAUUGUGACCCGAAUUGAUAGGGAGUGUAUGCUUGCUUGGUCACAUUUGGUGAACCCUUGUCUUCGGUGGUUCUGGGAGAUGAAUAGUAUAAAGUACGCUUCGCAUUUGGAAAGAAGAAUAGACAAUAUUCCACUGAAAUUUAGGGGUAAUAUUCACUGGUACAGCUGAGCUCUGCUGUUUAUAUUCGUUGGCAUAUGUAGAGUUUGUGAGUCCUUUGCAAAUCAAGGUAUGGUUGGAGAUCAAAUACCAUAUAUGGAGUUGAUUAUCUGAACGAGGACCAGUUUGCAAAAGCUGUCCGUGGGGUUGGGUUUUGUAAAAUACAGACCAUCAUGCUUGGUUGGUCAUCGACUGCCUUUGUGUGAGUCAUCUUGAAAUAGGCAUUUCCUGGAAAUGAAGACCAGUUUGCAAAUCUAACUCCAUGUUGGGUUAGUGAGAAAGAAUAAGUGCUAAACAUAGAAAUUUUGUUUGUUAAGCUGGACGCAGUGGGGGACUGGAAACAAGCUGGUAACUGAGGGGAAGAUCAUAUCUCUUGUACUGCGGAUACAAGAACAACAUCAAAGCCUUUUCCCCAUGCAAGUUGGGGUAGACUAGAUAUGCAGCCCAACAAAAACAUAAAGAAACCAAAACAAGGAGAGAAAGAAAGUAAACAACGAACCAGGAAACUAAGAUUCUGGCACAUGGGUUGCUGAUUUCAGAUGCUUUGCAAAAAGUGGUCAGCUUUGCAACACUGGCAAAUAAGUCUGCUGUGCAUAACAAUAAAUCUAAGGUGUGUUGGCAUUUGGCUUUCUCAACUUUUGUAUUGAAAUCAAAAGAAGGAACCUAAUAGGCAAAACUGUUCGGUUGUCUAUUGGGUGCCUGUGGAACCAAACAACCCAAAAGCCCUCAAUAUAUUAUUCACCUGGGAUGUUUUGAGUUCUUCUAUAUUGCAGGUACACAAAAUAACUUAACCAAAUUCCUUUUGUCUGUUAGGUUUGGUCUUAGUUUCUCAUAGAAAUUCAUGGUGUUGUUUUGGAAAAAGAAACAUAAAUGCAAUCUGAAUAUGACUUGAAAAAAAUAUUACCCAACCUAUUCACAUUUAACUUAAUUUAGUGCCCACAUGGGCGACGGAUCAUGAUUGGCAUUUCCUCAAGCUUUUAGUUAGCCACAUAAUAUAUAUAUACAGUAUACUUUCCUGCAAUUCCCUACCAACAUGGAACUUUGGUACGUACGUGCGGCAACCUUCUUGCAAAAUGCACGUUUCAAGGUUACAAACGAGCAGGACAACAUACACUGUUCCUCCAAAACAAUAAUUUGAGCUCUUCUGACAGCACUCAAGUUUUACUGACAAGCAGGUAGGUUCAGAAACUGCCUGCCUGCUCCCCAGUGGAACAGCUGCCCACAAUUUCUCCCAAACUCUUCGGUUGCAAUGCACAUCAUCUGUUCUGAUCAAUUUUCUACCAUAAGUGCUGAUUCUUCGUUUUCUGUUUAUUAUUAUGAAGUGAUGUGCCAUCUGCUGGGCUCAAUGUCCACCACGUUUGUGUCCUCAAAAAUAAUGUUGAGUAGCUUCAUUUUGUGCUGGCCCAUUUCCUCAUUCGUGUACUGGCUGUGUUUGCCUGCAACCACAUAAGCAAUGAUCUCAGAUCCUCAAGUAACAAAAAUGACUUUUACUACAAAAAUUGAAAAACCUGAUAACUACUACACAUAAGCGGAAAUUUUCCAGUUCAUGUUAUGACAAGAAUAACUUUUAGCGAGGAAGAAAGAAGAGUUGUGCACCUCUUCAUCCCAGUCACAUCUCAUGGUCAGAUAGGCUAAUACCAGCGUCUGGACAGCAGUUCCACCAAUCAACCCAGACCAAAUCCCCUGUAAUUUAGGCAUAAUCAGAAGAUCAGGAUCAACCCAAACUCCCAUUCGUUACUCUUCUGCUUUUGAUGAUUCUUACCCGGACUCCGAAACCCAGGGGCCAACCCAGUAUGAUACCGAUGGGAACUCCAACCAAGUAGUAGGAUCCGAUGUUCACGUAGGCGACCAGCGCUUGCCAUCCUGACCCAAUAGCUACCCCUGCAACCAACAACAGCCGCAUUGCAGCGCUUAGCAUCUCCGGUGUCAUGUAGAGCUAUGAACAAGGUAGAAAACCACAGGUCCGGUCAAGUGAGGUCCAGCUCACCUGAAAGGACGGGUUGCACGCUGUUGAGGAGGAUAGUGAAGGCGAGCAGCCAGGAGAGGUUGUGGACUGCGUCGAGCACGGCCUUGCCCGACGAAAAGAGGAGCGCGAUCUGGUCGUUGUAGACGAGGAUGAGGCACCAGAAGACAAGGCCGAUAACCACGGAGGUGGUGAUGGAAACGAUGAUUGAGAAGCGCGCACCCUUGCCGCUACCCGCGCCAAGCUCGUUUGCCACCCGCACACUGUUAUUUUCAGAAAAUUGCUACUUAUUAGUUAAGUCUAUCCACCAAAUGACACUGUGCUUGAGUUCAGUGUGCGUACCCAGUUGCUGCCAAGAAUCCUAGAGGAAUCAUCAUCUCCCAUCCAUUGAUCGUCAAGCUACAUUUGGGCCAAUAAUCAAUCCAUUGUACUCUUUUAGAGAUGAGGACAGAUUUGGAAUUGUAAGGGAAGUUUCUUUUAUGUGAAGCUGCUAGUUACCAUAUGGAGAGCGCAUCCACGGCGAUUUCAGCAUUUGGCAGGUACCCUGUAAGCAACACCAGCACCCUGUAGUACCAGUUCUCCAAGCUGCGGAUGAACAUAUAGAUGUCAAUGAUUCAGGAAACUUUUCUUUCGUACUACUCUAAUCAGUGCACUGUUCUAAGAUCAGGUAAUGAAUUAAUGGACGCACCAAAGCAUCACGCCAGAGGCAGUGGAGAGCUUGAUGAAGUCCCAGAAGUCGGCGAAGGCUUCCAUGGAAAACCCCUUCCACGACAGUGGGCACCCGCCACAGAUGACGUAGAAAAACUGGCCCAGCACGACGAGCCACCACCCCAUGUUGGCCGAAGCGAUGGCCCCGACAUAGCCGAGCUGGAAGUGGUGCACGAGCAGGUAGGUGACAACGAUGUGGAUGGCAAGUGCUACCCCCGCGCUGACUGCGGUCACCCAGUUCUUGAGCUGGCUCUGCAGGAACCGUGUGAGCGGGAGCAGCAUCGCCAUGCCGAAGUGCUGCGGCAGCAGCCAGAGGCUCAUCUUGCCGGCAAGGUGGGAGAGCUCCGGGGUCUGCCCGAGCAGCAGCAGGAGGUCCUCCAUGAACACGUACGUCGGUGUCAGCGCCAGGGCGAAGAUAAGGAGCACGGCCCACGACCGCUGCAGGUAUAUUCCCAGCAUGUGGUACUUCUUGGCGCCGAAUGCUUGUCCGCACAGCGUCUCCAGCGCGCUCGCCAUGCCCAGCUGUCAGUAUCACACGAAAGAAAAUCCACAUCAGCAUUGAUCAUUUACCGUGGUCACAAACACGUUGCGCAACUGUUUCUUGAAGUAGGAGUAGCAUUUUAGCGUGAUAGCUGUACUGGGUCAUGCUAAUCAUUCGUUCUUUCAGUGUCGGCCAGAUGUGUGGGGGCUAUUGGUAAGAUUCUGGGCACAAAUCGCUGUCUAAACGACCUGUGGUAGGCUUUGGCAAUGGUUUCAUGCUUUCCUGCCAUUUGGAGAUGAGUUCUAUAUGAUUGUCAUCUCUGCCAUUUGGAGAUGAGUAUGAGUAUGAGUUUUUUUUUUCUUCAUCGUUUGCUAAUGUACUGGGCAGUGCUGCAUAAGGAGCAAGGGAAGGAGCUUGCAUCUAGGGGAGACGGCGUCCAACCUGAUGCGUGCUCAGAGGCUGAGCAAUGGUGCGACUGACUGCGAACUACUCUGGUGCUGUUAUUUCUGGUGCUUGAAGCUUGUGUUGCUUUCUGGGUGCAAUCUUUCGGAAGAUGUUCGCCUGGAGUUAGUUUUGCCGUCAUGAAGUGAUCUGGGGGGGCUGGGCUGGUACCAGUUCUCCAGUCUGUGGUCUGGGUUGCUAUACUUCGAAUCUGAACCUGUGUUGACGGUGGCAGCAGGUUGUUGUCCCAUAGGAGCAAACAUUUUGCUUAUGUUGUCAAGUGACAUGACAUAAACUUGGGUAGUACCAUGAUGCAAGUUACGAGUACACCAAUUUUGACUCUACAA